CCGGCGGGGCUCGGCUCCCAGCGUGCCCCGCGGCGCGGACACGCCUCCCGGCGGGGCUCGGCUCCCAGCGUGCCCCGCACCGCAGCAGCAUGGCGGCCCUGGCGCGUGGGGCGUGGGUCCCGCGCGCGGGGCGCUGGUGCCGGGCGCUGCGCGGGGCCCCCGGGGUCCUAGCGCCGCCGGCUCCUCCCGCUCCUCCCGCUCCCUCCGCCGGGGCCUCAGCGCCGCCCCCCCCGCCCCCUCCCUCAACCGGGGCCCGGGCGCUGGCGGCGGCGCUGGGCGCCGGGGCGGCGGCGCUGGUGCUGCUAUGGUUCCGGGGCAGCGAGGCCCGGCGGUCUCCGCUGCCCGCCCUGCCCGCCCUGCGCGCCGCCGUGCCCGCUCCGCCGCCCUCCUCGCCCCGCGCCGCCUUCAACUUCAUCGCCGACGUGGUGGAGAAGACGGCGCCGGCGCUGGUCUACGUGGAGAUCGUGGGCAGACAUCCCUUUUCGGGCCGUGACGUGCCCAUCUCCAAUGGCUCGGGCUUCCUGGUGUCUCCGGACGGGCUCAUCGUGACCAACGCGCACGUGGUGGCGAACCGGCGGCGCGUGCGGGUGAAGCUGGCCAGCGGCGAGCAGUACGACGCCGCGGUGCAGGACGUGGACCAGGUCGCGGACAUCGCCACCAUCAAGAUCAAGGCGAAGCACCCGCUGCCCACGCUGCCCCUCGGGCGCUCCUGCGAGGUGCGGCAGGGCGAGUUCGUGGUGGCCAUGGGCAGCCCCUUCGCCCUGCAGAACACCAUCACCUCCGGCAUCGUCAGCUCGGCCCAGCGCGGCAGCCGGGAGCUGGGCCUGGCCGCCUCCGACAUGGAGUACAUCCAGACCGACGCCGCCAUCGACUUUGGGAACUCCGGGGGCCCCCUCGUCAACCUGGACGGUGAAGUGAUUGGGGUCAACACCAUGAAGGUGACGUCAGGCAUCUCCUUUGCCAUCCCCUCCGACCGGCUGCGUGCGUUCCUGCAGAAGGAGGAGCAGCGCAAGGGCUCCUGGUUCGGCAGCACAGAGGCAAAGCGCCGCUACAUCGGGGUGAUGAUGCUGACGCUCACGCCGAGCAUCCUGGCGGAGCUGAAGCUGCGUGACCCCAGCUUCCCCGACGUGGCGCACGGGGUGCUGAUCCACAGGGUGAUCAUCGGCUCCCCGGCCCAUCAGGCAGGGCUGAAGGCGGGCGACGUGGUGCUGGAGAUCAACGGGCAGCCGUCGCGGCGCGCGGAGGACGUGUAUGAGGCCGUGCGGACGCAGCAGAGCCUGGCCUUGCUGGUGCGGCGCGGCUACGACACGCUGCUGGUGAGCGUCGUCCCCGAGGUGACGGAGUAGCGGCGCUGCCACGCGGGCCGGCGGUGCCGCCAGAGCCGAGGGCGCAGGACGUGUCUGGCGGUCAGGGACAGACUGAGGGGCUGGAAGGGGCAGGCAGAGGGGCCUGGCCCGGUGCCGGGGUGGACUCGUGGUACAACCGUUCCCCCUGAACUCAAAUAAAGCACUUUUGUAGCGACCCCA